CUUUUGGCCCCUAGAUGACCAACAAGAGGAGCUUUGCUGCAGAGCGACCAGGAGCACCAAGUGCAGAUAGCUUUGAGCUAACGCUAGCAAUCAUAACACCAUUAACCCCCAUUUGGGGCUUUAAUCAGUCAUUGGUUUGAUAGCUAGUUCAAGGCUGGCUUCACUGGCCAAACAUGCAGAAAUAUGAAAAGCUUGAAAAAAUCGGAGAGGGUACGUAUGGGACAGUCUUCAAGGCUAAAAACAGAGAAACCCACGAAAUUGUGGCCUUGAAGAGGGUCCGGCUGGACGACGACGACGAGGGGGUGCCAAGUUCUGCUCUGAGAGAAAUCUGUCUUCUGAAGGAACUAAAGCAUAAAAACAUUGUCAGACUACAUGAUGUUUUGCACAGUGACAAGAAGUUAACCUUGGUUUUUGAAUAUUGUGAUCAGGAUUUGAAGAAGUAUUUUGACAGCUGCAAUGGGGAUUUAGAUCCUGAAACUGUGAAGUCAUUCAUGUACCAGCUGUUGAAAGGCCUCGCUUUCUGUCACAGUCGAAACGUUCUUCAUAGAGAUCUGAAGCCACAGAACCUCCUCAUUAACAGAAAUGGAGAGUUGAAGCUGGCUGACUUCGGUUUGGCUCGAGCCUUUGGCAUUCCUGUGAGGUGUUACUCAGCAGAGGUGGUGACAUUGUGGUACCGGCCUCCAGAUGUGCUGUUUGGUGCUAAACUUUAUUCUACCUCAAUUGACAUGUGGUCUGCUGGAUGCAUAUUUGCAGAGCUGGCUAACGCUGGAAGGCCUUUAUUCCCCGGGAACGAUGUGGACGACCAGUUGAAAAGAAUCUUCAGAUUGUUGGGUACACCAACUGAAGAACAGUGGCAGACGAUGACCAAACUCCCCGAUUAUAAGCCAUAUCCCAUGUAUCCAGCCACCACCUCAUUGGUGAACGUGGUCCCCAAACUAAGUAGCACAGGGCGGGAUCUUCUCCAGAACCUGUUAAAAUGUAAUCCUGUCCAGAGGAUCUCUGCAGAAGAGGCCUUGCAGCACCCUUACUUCGCCGAUUUCUGCCCACCCUAAAUGCAAAAUUGCUUCUCGCUGAACCUCAGCCGCCAGAAUCGAUCAUCCCUUCACUCUGUUGGGUCAUUAGGACCAGUCCCAACAAGGCAAAUCCUCACCGGUUUUCAAACACUCUCCUGCUUUCAUUCUGUUGUGCCUCUGUGUGGAACAAAGUCCUAGUGGCUCUGCAAGGUUUUAGGUUCUUUUAAGUUGCAAGCCUGUUAAAUUUGGUACAUACACGCCUCCCAGUUAAUUAGCACUAUUGUGGGAGGGUGCACUAUGUGUUGCAUUGAAUAAAUUUUAUACCUGUGGAAAUGGUUGUCAACAAGAAGUCCCUCUGCUCCAAAACACCGAAAUGACCGUACUGUUUAUUUCUGACUUUUUUAAUAGUUUGAAAUUUUGGAUAACUUAAACUCAAAGUGCUAGAACACACUGGAUCAGCUACCCAAACAGCCUUUCUAACAUUAUGGUUUCAGUUCUGACUGUAAUCUGUCUUGCAAAAGCAGUUUUGCCAAUUUGUUUUCAUAUAGAAGUCUUAAGGUUAAGCUGUAGCGAUUCAGGAGUUUUAAUACCAAUAUCGACAUUUGGGAUUUUAGAAAAUGUGAUAAUGAUUUUACUCCGUUUCCAUAAACACAAAAACAAAAACAUUUUUGACAAGGAUCACUUUUGUUUGAUUGAGCUAAGUGUGGACUGUAUUUCUGAAUGAUCUCAAACAUAUCUUUGGCAUUCCUGUUCCGCAGUUUGUUGUUACUCAUUAGCCGCAAUAUACGCCAGUACUGAUACGUGUGGGAUUAGUUAAUAUCUGCUGAUAUAUUGGCUCUAGUGGAGACCGCAGAUUCUUGGGGCAGCUAAUGCUACAAUAUCCCUAGAAUUAAUAGAUUGAUUUGUCCUUUUUGGAAUCACAAGCGAUUCAUUUGGAAAUUGUGUAGGGAUACGUCAAUGUUUGUUACUUUUUAUUUUUUUGUUAUUUUUCAAACACUUUAUUUUACAAGUCUGUAAUUUCCUACGAAUACAGAACUACUGUUUGUAAUUUGGUACUAAUUAUUGGUUGGUCUUUGAAAGAAUUCCAAUCAAACCUUAGUGUAUAUUCAGAAAUGAUUCACAUAUUGGAAUCUUUAUUCUCCAUAUAUACUAAAUUGUAUGUACAAUUUGCAUAUAUUUAUGUUCAGUUGAUCUGUUUUACAAUGAAUUAAUUAGAAAUAUUAAUUGGAAGUGUAUCGAUUUAUUUAUGUCCCUCCUGUAAUUAGUACCAAAUUACAUACUUCUUUCCUGGAAACUUUUUAGAAAAGUCUAAUAGGCAAUUACAGACCUAAAAAAUAAACUUUAUUUUAUUUUGACCAGAACAGACAAGACAGGACUUUUAAUACUGUUAUUUCACAUAGUAAAAAUACAACUCUUUGUCCCUCUACCUAUUACAAGAUUGUAUCAUAGCAUGAGAAGCUAAUUUAUAAUGUUCCUUUUUUCUCAGGCUUAUUUCCUUUUUUUUUUUUGUAUUUGUCUUUUGUGCACUUUGUAACUGACAGUUUAAAUCGUUUAGUUAUCAAUAUUAUUAAAUAUGUUUUACACUGACAGCCAGGAUUAUAGCCGGUUAUCAAUAAAAUGGGCCAAUAUAUCGAUAUAUGUUAAUACUAGUGGACCAUUAGUGACACAUUUAUGUUUGUUGACAUCAUCGUUCUCAUUAUUGUACUAAUGUAUUGUAGCUUUUUCUGAAAUGCUUUUGUAAUAGUUAAGUUAGAGAUGAAAACUCCACUGAUAAUCUGUAUUUUCAUAUAAUGAUUGAUUUGCACCAUGAGCUGUUUCCAUUUUGGUUACUUAUAUUAACAUGGUUAACAGCUUGCAGUGUUAUUUUACUCCAGAUUGUUACAGUGCUCCUCAUUCCGUAAAAAAGCCAACAUAAUGAGUCGUUUGAAGUAUCUGUUAAUAGGGAAGGGAUUUAUUUUCAUUUUGCUGAUGUAAGACAAGAUAAUGGAUGCAUGUAUUUAUUAAUGAUGGAAUGUCUGCUCAUGUUUUUGCAUUCGUUUAAAUGUAGCACAACUUAAUUUGGUACAGAAAAUCUCUUUUCUGAAUGAUUCAGUGAUACUCGGAUCUAUAGCAUUUAGCAGGUUCUUUUUAGGAUUUGAAAUAUUUGAAGGUUGUGUGUGUGUGGAUUAAGUUAUAAUGACAAAACAAAAGCAUUUUCUCUCAAUAUUUCAUAAUCUUGUGAUUACAGGACAUUUCAGACUAACUGCUGUAGAGUUACUUUACACAGCUUGCAUUUAAAUUCUGAAUGAAGAGUGGGUUUUGCACUUUGCUAGUAUCUUUGCUUUUGUUGGUAGAACUUGGGACAGAUGCUGUCAGUGAUUCUUUCUGUGUAUAUUUCAGCCAAUAAGACACAAAUACAAACAUAAGUUUG